UUACACCUCAUCAUCAUGGCGCCGCAGUCACCACCUGCGCAUGCGCGGUUGGCCAUCCUCGACAGGUGAGGCUCUGGGCGGCGGGAGGAACUGAAUAGGUUUCGGAGUAUUAAAUGGUGACUGCACCUCUUGGGCAAGGUAGCCGAGCUGUCGCCGACUCCCCAGUACUUUCCGUUGCUGUUUCAAUGUCCCCACCUUUUAGUUUUAUUUCCAGUGAUUGUCCGGCUGCCGCCUUUCCGGGCGGUCCCGAGUCCCGGACGCAGCCGGUCGGGACCAUGAGCGCCGGGUUCCCGCUGCCCCCAGCCCGGCUCUGCCCCGAGACGGAUGCAUUGGUGGCUGCGCCAUCCGACUGGCAUCGGGUUGGAUGGAGUCAGUGAGCUGAAGCCGAGCCCGAUCUCCUGGGAUGCAGCCCGCCUCUUGAUCCCUCCCUCCCGGAAACCGGACUGACCGGUUUGGCUCCAGCGAUGGAGGAGAAGGGAGGAGAGUCCCAGAGCUUGGUCCCGGGCCGAGAUUCCAAGUCCCGGACCACAGAGUCUGGGGGCACCAGCGGGCGAAUAGCAGGAACCGGAACCCUGUCAAAUCCACCUGGUCACAGCCCAGUGACGCCAGCUCCGUCCCGUAACCUAGAUGAGAGCGCAAUCAGGGAUAUGUCCAAUGAACAGAUGGCAAAUACUGAUACAGCUCAGUGGUACGGUUUUCCUGGAGCUGAUCACAAUUCCUGUGGGUACGAAGUGGAACCAAGAGAGCAGACGACUUCAAUCUCUCCAGAGUCGGACUUUUUUGUUUCGUUAAAACUUGCUGCAGUUCUAACUUCCAUUUUUGUUGUCGUCACAAUCUUGUUAGUUUGCUCCAAACACGAUGACCCUCUUCUCCUCCACCUUGACUCACCAAAGUUCAGUCAUCAACACUCACUGAAUCAAAAGCUUCGUAAACUAAGGGUCUUGUUCCCAAGGCAGUCAGAUGGUUUCUGGGCAGCACUGGAAAAUAUUUUCAAUCAGCUUCCCACUGACCCUGCUGAAAUCCUCCAAGCUCAGUUAAUUGGAAUUGGUUAUGGUGUUUCAUGGAAUACAAUGCUUUGCCUCUCCAAGACUAUUGCCAGUUUAUUGCUAGUCUGUGAUGGGGAUUUGGGUACAGAUGGAAUGAGUAAAGUGCAAGAUUACAGUCAAGUUCUUUGGUUGCAAACUGGUUCUUCUCCCAGAGCAGGUUCUAAUAUUAUAAUUGCAGAAAUAGUGAAAAAUCUCUCCUGUACUGUUACCCUCAGCCUGCAGCCAGCCACUGAACUAACAGCUGUGCCAAUGUCCCUCGUCUCAAUGUGGUUCAUUAAUGCGGAACCUAAGCAAGAGAUCUCCCCUUCUAAUUUCAAGCUGAGAAUGAUGGCCAAUAUUUUACAUCAUCUCAACCAAACAGUACCCACUAAUACAGAUAUCCCCAUCACCCCUGUCGUAACAGUGAAUCCUGAGGAUCACUUGGAAAACGGCUUUCUGUGCUGAGUCCACUCAUCUUGCUGUCGGAUUUCACUUUUGUUUUAUUUGGUAAUUAAACACGGGAAAGGAAAUUGCAAUGAAGGCAGUGGCAAAAGUCAAAAUUGUGAAUGGAUAUCAGCCGAUAAGCAAAUGUGUGAAGGUUAGCACUGUGAACAGGAAGGAUCUCUAAGUGAGUAGCAUCUGGUGGAGCAGCACCUGUAUUCAUGUUGGAUUGUAUCCUUGCCAUUUCUCGCAGUUUGACUAAUCUACCAUUCUCACAGACCUUGAAAAUCUCUCAAUUUGCAGAUAUUUAUGCUACCUGGAGUUCAUAUUAAGAUUUGUGUUGUAUUCCUUUGACAAAUUUGCAUUGAAUCUCAGUGAAUACAGGAAGGAUAGUAAAAACACAUUUAAAGAUAAGGAACUAAAUGACACACUGUUAACUUUAUGAUAUCCAAUGGUGCCAUAUUGCACAACCCUCCUUCACACCACCCUAUCCUUGCCCACUUCUUGUGGCUGUAUUCAACAUCUGUUAAGGUGAAAAUUUCCCAUCAACUUUGCAUCAGGAAAUAAGAUGUCAAUCCUAAGAAAAAAUGUAUAUUUUCUGUAAACAGUCAUUUUUAUAUAAAUUUUAUAUUUCGAUAUGUAUAGAUGUAUUUUUGAGAUUCAUAUCAAUAUUAAAUUGUA